GACAGCUUAGAGAUAAUUGAAUUUGUCAAACAUGAAAGAUGAAAAUUCAUCAUGACUUUACUCUUUAAGGAAAAAAUGUCAACAAAAACCUCAGCCAAAAAGUGCAACAGAAAAACACUACAAUUUCCCCUGCAUCAAUGGCAGAGUCUUCUGUUCAAUCAGCUGUACAACGGCUAGGUAGCCUCCUUGUAGAAGAAGAAGAAAAUCUAGAAGCCAUAAAAGAAAAAGUGGAGCAUCUUAGAGAUGAGUUGGAUUGGAUGCAUUGCUUCUUAAGGGAAGCUGACGCAAGCCGGUAUGUUGAUCCAAGAGUUAGUAGGUGGGUCAUUCAAAUACAAGAAAUCGCGCAUGAGGCUGAGGAAGUUGUUGAGAUUUUCCUUUUUAAACUCAUUAGUCACCAAAAGCUACAAUAUGCAGGGAAAACGUUUGUGAUCAAGAAUAGGCUUGAAAGGUACUUAUGGGUUCUUGGGGAAGCUAAAGCAAUUCAUGAUGCUAAUAAUGGUAUUGAGGCUUUAAGAGCUAAAAUCGCCACGUUAACUUCACGAAUUCAAGCUUAUGGUAUCAAGAUCACAAGGUCAGACUCUGAGUCAUUGACAUCGAGAGUUCAUUCAUUAGAUGUCAUUAAGGAGGACAAACAUGUUGGGUUGAAUGAUCAAGCGAAGAAUAUUAAUAUUGUGGGUGAUUUGGUAUCGGAGGCAAGGGAAAACAGAGUUUUCGGCAUAUGGGGAAAAAAUGGUGUAGGGAAGACUACUUUGGCAAAGGAAGUUUACUUUAAUCAUGCAAUUAGGAAACAUUUUAAUAGGUUUUCUUGGGUGUAUGUGCCUCAAAAUUGCAAAGUUUCCGGUCUUUUAAGAGGGAUAUUAACAUCUCUUGUAACGAACUCGAGUGAUGAGAUUGCCUUAAUGACUGAUCAAGUGUUGAUUAAGGAGCUCUAUCAAGUUUUGCUAGAAAACAAGUGUUUGGUGAUCCUAGAUAAUGUAUGGACUUGUGACAUUUGGGAUGGUAUAAAGCCGGCCUUUCCUGGAGACGACGACAAAGAUUCAAAAAGCAAAAUUUUGUUCAUAACAGAAAAUAGGCAGGUGGCUGAGCAAAUACAUGGGAGAUCAAUAAUUCAUGAGAUCAGAUGCUUAAGUUAUGAUGAAAGUUGGGAGCUUCUUCAAUCAAAGCUGGGUCGUAUUCCAGCACAAAUCUUCGGAAUUGAUGGUAUUUCAAAGAUGAUGGAAAUGGCAAAGAAAAUGUUGAAAGUCUGCCAAGGGAUUCCACUGGCAAUUAUUGCACUUGGAGGUCUUCUGGUGACCAAGAAAACACCAGAAGAGUGGGAAGUAGUUGUCGGUCUCAUGAAUUCCCUGCAGAAUGGAAAACAUUACCAACAACAAUCAUAUGAACAAGUUGUGGAGUUAUGCUAUUAUGCUUUACCAUAUUACCUGAAGAAUUGCUUUCUUCAUUUAGGGAGCUUUCCUGAAGAUACUGAGAUCCCUACUAAGAAGUUAUGCAACAUGUGGGUAGCUGAAGGUAUCGCGGUAUCAGCAAAUGGGGAAGUUUGUAGAGGAGAAUCAUUGGAAGAUUUCGCUGAGGAUUGCUUGACUGAGUUGGUGCAAAGAGGUAUGGUUAAAAUAUCCAAAAGGAAAUCAUCAAAUUCAAAUGGUAGCGUAAAAUCUUGCAAAUUACAUGGUCUUAUGAGAGAUUUAUGCUUUAAAGUAUCUAAAGAAGAAAAUUACCUAAGCAUAAUGGACUUGGAUUCCAAAGAAGCUCUAGUUUUAAGUGGAAAAACUCGCCGAUUGGCUAUAUAUUUGGGACAACAAGGUAAGGAUCAAAUUCUACUACCUCAGAAAAAUCAAGUCCUUAGGUCUCUUUUGCUGUUCCCUUGUCAAAAGGAAAGAACAGAAGUUAACCAUGGAUCCAUUAGAGGUCUUUGUCGAGAGUCUCAAUUGCUUCGUGUAUUAGAUCUUGAUGGAGUCGUAGUAAGUUCCAAAACUUUGCCUAAAGAAAUAGGGGACUUGAUUUACUUGAGGUACUUAAGCAUGAGGGAUAUGCUUCUUACAAAAGUACCACCAACUAUUGGUUGUUUAAAGUGGCUCGAAACACUUGAUUUAAGAGCAAAGGUAAGGUUAGAGAUACCUAAUGUGUUAUGGUGUCUCGAAAGGUUAAGAAAUCUAUACCUUCCUUGUUAUUUCACCAUUAAAGACUCUGAAAAGUUGAGAUUAGAUAACUUGAACAACUUACUAACACUGAAAAAUGUCAACAGUUUCAUACUCGAAGAUGUUCUUGCUAUGAAAACUCUAAGAAAAGCCUCGGUUAGAUAUAUGCUUGAGAAUGAGCACAUUGAAUUCAUCCAGAAAUCGCCCAAGGUUGUUUUCAGUUUAACUAUUUUUAGAGCUAUAAUUGGGAAAGAGCAAGUGAACGCGUCAACAAGUUUUGAUAACUUGAUCAAACUGGAGCUCAAAGGAGAGUUGUCAGUACCGAUAAAUGACCUGAAAUUUCCUCCAAAGUUGAACAAGUUGGUGUUGGAUUUUUGUGGGAUGAUGCAAGACCCAAUGCCGGUGUUAGAAAAGCUUCCUAAUUUAACAAGCCUUUGUCUUGAUCACCAAGCUUAUGUGGGGGAGAAGAUGAAUUGCUCUGCUUCAGGUUUUUAUCAACUUGCUUAUUUGAGGCUUUAUGGCUUGAAAAGUUUACACCACUGGAAUGUUGAACAAGGUGCCAUGUCGAAUCUUAAAUGCUUGCAAGUAACAAGUUGUGAACGACUGUCAAAGAUUCCUCAAGAGCUUCCUCACCAGGUUCAAAUUACACAUGUUUGACAACAUUUGCACUCGGUUUUUCCAAGUUUUUUUUUUUGUCAAAGUGUAUGCAGUAUGUAUGAUUCAUUUUUGGGUGCACAAUUUUCUUUCUUGUAUUUGUGUUUAUACAAAUUUGAUCGAAAUGUGUUAUAA